AUGGCCGUCGCACGCCCGAUGCGACGAACCAGGCCCAUCAGCGUGCUUCUAGCAGCGGUGUUAGCCUUCGGCUUCAUCUGGUUCAUGCUCACUCCCUCAACUCCCUCAACAGCCUCCGCAUCCGCUGUCUCUUCGCGUCAACGUCAACAAGACGCCGCCGAACACCCCCUCUCCCCACCCACAAAACCCUUCGUCAAAUCGCAGUCCUAUCGCAGUGAUGGGUUCCAAGCAGCCCCGCCGGUCGUGCACUACAAUCUCAACAACCUCACCAGCACCCGCGACUCUAUCGCCAACGGCGAGCGAAUCCUCAUCCUCACCCCGCUUGCUCGCUUCUACCAGCAAUACUGGGAUAACCUCGUGAAAUUGAGCUACCCCCACGAACUUAUUUCUCUCGGUUUCAUCGCACCAAAGAACAAAGCCGGUAAUGCCGCCGUCGCUGCUCUCGAAAAGGCCAUCUCGCACACCCAGAGCGGCCCCAUCGACGACCGCUUCGCAAGCAUCUCCAUCCUCCGACAGGACUUCGAACCGCCUCUCGCGUCGCAGGAUGAGAAGGUACGCCAUGAGCUCUCGGCCCAAAAGGUCCGCCGCGAAUCAAUGAGUCGUGCUCGCAAUAGUCUUGUCUUUACUACCCUGGGCCCCAGUACCUCGUGGGUUCUCUGGUUGGAUGCAGACAUCGUUGAAACCCCUUCGUCAUUGAUCCAGGAUCUCACAAGCCACGAUAUGCCUCUCAUCGUACCCAAUUGCUUCCAGCGGUACUUCGACACCAACUCGCGGAAGUGGGAUGUUCGACCUUACGACUUCAACUCGUGGGUUGAUAGCGAGCAGGCUCGGAACCUCGCUAAAGAAAUGGGACCGGACGAGAUCCUACUAGAGGGUUACGCGGAACUCCCCACUUAUCGCACGCUCAUGGCCUAUCUGCCCGAUCCCAAGUCGCUCGAUCCCCGACGCCUAAUCCAGCUCGAUGGAGUCGGUGGUACGGCACUGAUGGUCAAGGCGGAUGUCCAUCGUGAUGGGGCCAUGUUCCCCGCCUUCCCGUUCUUUCAUCUCCUCGAGACAGAGGGCUUUGCCAAGAUGGCACGCCGGUUGGGAUACCCGGCCUUUGGGCUGCCAGAUUAUCUGAUCUACCACUAUAACGAGUAA